AUGAGUGGUGAAAAGCCUACAACGCCCAUUUCAUCGCCCAAGCUCCCCAAAACCAUGAAACUCGAAACACCCACCACCCCUCCGUCGCGGCACAAGCAGAAGCGCAUAUCGGCCAGUUUCUUGAAGACUCCUGAGCAGCCUUCGGAUAUGUUGGCGUUUUCGCCAUCUUACAAAAGGAACAGUUCGGGGAAUUACAAAUCACCAGACUACAAGUUCAAUGCGCAUGUGGCACCAUCGCCGUACUCUUCGUUAAAGACUCCGAGACAUACCGGAUAUGAUUCGGACGAUAGUAAUGAGAGAAUAAAAUUCCAGAAAACCCCCCAGUAUUUAUCCCCCGGGAAGAAAUUGUUCAAUGAUGAUUCGAACAACAAAGAGGGUUUAUCUGAGAUAAGUCUACAAUUGAAAAGCAAGUUGAGUUCUGCUGCAGACAAAUUGCAUCAACAACAACGGCAGCAAGAUAAAGUUCCUGCAAAGAUUGACUUUAACGAGUUAUCAUUUUCGUCAGCUACAUCACCUACAAAGAAACAAAAGUCGAAUCAGGAAAAACAAUGGAACCCAACUAGUUCAGGUCAAACCGCAAAUCUUAAUUUACAAACAUUACAGCAAUCACCAGUGCCAGCAAGUUCGCCAUCUUUCUUGCUGACACCACUGUUUCAGCAAUCAAGAGGCUUGAAACAGUCACCUACCUUACCAAAUGACCACCAGAGUCAUACGAUUCAUAUUCCAUCGAUCGAUGACGAAGAGUCGAGUGCACACAAUGCCUUGAUGGCGGCGUUGACGAGGCAGAGAAGAAAAUCGAGAACAUCAUUCUCUUCGUCUCAACGUCGUCCAUCCUCUACGCCAACACUCUACGACUCCCAGCCUUCCAAUUUAGCCCAGCCUUUGCUGGCAUCAGGUUCAUUGCAACAUAUCGCAACUCAUGGCCAAUCAUCACACCACUCGCAACAGCCGCCAUUGAAAUUACCGCCUAUCAACGCAAACAAUCCUAAGGAUUCCGAUAAGCCUGUUAAUGAACAAGAUGCAGUACUAUCUCUAAUGUCUUUAUCGUCCCCCCAGUCCGUCAAGUUUUCGCACAGCAGAACACAGAGCUUGAAUAACAACUCCCCGGGUUCGUCUAGGUCAUCGUCUGUUGCUAUAAAUAGCCCGGGCCAUCAAUCUACAAAUACCAAGCUACCACCCAUCAGCGGCUUGAUUAAUCCAGCAACCUCUCGCGAUGCGAAGAAAAAUUACGAUAAUGACGAAACUGACGUAGAAGAUGAUGCCACUGAUGAUGACAUUGAUAAUGGGAUAAAUAAUAAUGUAUAA